AUGAACAGCAGCGGACCAUCCUACCCCCUUGCCUCUUUGUAUGUAGGCGACCUGCAUCCUGAUGUUACGGAGGCCAUGCUCUACCAGAAGUUCUCUCCUGCUGGGCCCAUCAUGUCGAUCCGUGUGUGCCGUGACAUUAUCACUCGCAGAUCUCUGGGAUAUGCCUACAUAAACUUCCAGCAACCAGCUGAUGCGGAGUGUGCCCUGGAUACAAUGAACUAUGAUGUUAUCAAGGGUCGGCCUAUCAGAAUAAUGUGGUCUCAGCGUGACCCAGGACUUAGGAAGUCUGGCGUGGGUAACAUCUUUAUCAAGAACAUGGACGAGUCCAUUGACAACAAGGCCCUGUAUGAUACCUUCUCAGCCUUCGGGAAUAUUUUGUCCUGCAAGGUUGUUUGUGAUGACAAAGGAUCCAAAGGCUAUGGCUUUGUCCACUUUGAGACUCAUGAGGCUGCAAACCGGGCCAUUGAAACCAUGAAUGGGAUGCUGCUGAAUGACAGGAAAGUUUUCGUCGGCCACUUUAAGUCCCGCAAGGAGCGAGAGGUGGAAUUUGGCACCAAAGCUAUGAAGUUCACCAACGUCUACAUUAAAAACUUUGGUGAAGACUACUCUGAUGACAAACUCAAAGAAGUCUUUUCUGUAUUUGGGAGGACUCUGAGUGUGCGAGUGAUGAAGGACGAGAGGGGCCGGUCACGUGGAUUUGGCUUCGUAAACUACGCUAACCAUGAGGAUGCUCAGAAGGCAGUCGAUGAAAUGAACGGAAAAGAUAUCAAUGGGAAAAUGAUCUAUGUGGGACGAGCUCAGAAGCGGCUGGAGCGCCAGGGAGAGCUCAAGCGUAAGUUUGACCAGAUCAAACAGGACCGCAUCCAGCGCUAUCAGGGAGUGAAUCUCUACGUGAAGAACUUGGACGACACCAUAGAUGAUGAGAGACUGCGGAAGGAGUUUGCCCCCUACGGCACUAUCACGAGUGCUAAGGUCAUGACAGAUGGCUCGCAGAGCAAAGGCUUUGGCUUUGUCUGUUUCUCUUCACCCGAGGAAGCAACAAAAGCAGUCACUGAAAUGAAUGGAAGAAUUGUUGCAACCAAGCCGCUGUACGUGGCUCUGGCUCAGCGGAGGGAGGAGCGUAAAGCGAUCCUCACCAAUAAGUACAUGCAGAGACUCGCAACCUUGAGGACCAUGGGAAGUCCGAUCAUUGACUCGUACCACCAGGCUGCAUACUACAUGAGUGUGCCACAGCCUCCCACUCGCUCUUACUACAACCACACUGCUGUCAGCAACAUGAGGCCGGUGCCUUGUUGGACGGGACAAGCACCCAGACCACAGGGCCCGUACCCAAACCAGUAUGGCAGUUCUGUUCCUCGACGUGGCUCCACUCCCAUCGCUACAGUCAGACAGGCAUCCACCCAGGCUCCACGCAUCAUAAGUUCAUCACAAAAGACAAAUAACAUCGGGACUCAGACUGGAGGAGGGCGCACUGACGUGCCUGGUAUGACCAGAAGCGGUCAGUACAAGUACUCAUCUGCAGUGAGGAACCCGCAGCAGGUCAUCACUGUGCCUGCACCCAUGACAAGACUACAGGCUAUUCCUGCACCUAUGAUGGAGCCACCAGUGCAUGUUCAAGGCCAUGAACCACUCACCGCCUCCAUGUUGGCUGCAGCUCCACUCAUGGAUCAGAAACAGCUUCUCGGUGAGCGAUUGUACCCGCUGAUCCACACUCAUCACCCGAACCUGGCUGGAAAAAUCACAGGAAUGCUGUUAGAGAUCGACAACUCUGAGCUGCUACACAUGCUGGAGUCUCCUGAAUCACUGCACUCUAAGGUGGACGAAGCGAUUGCCGUCCUGCAGGCUCACCAGGCGAAGGAUUGCUCUCCCAAAAAGUGA